UACAAAAUAAAAUACUUAACAACAACCCCAAUCGUUAGUCUUCCAUUUUCGUGUUGUUCGCAGUAGAACGAAAAAAAUUGUCUAUUUGCGUGAAAAUGUUGUGUAUUUUCUUAAUAAAAUUGUGAAAAUUUUGUGGAAAAUUGUUAAAAAUCAAAACUGUGCAAUGUGAAGUAGUGCCAGAACGUGAAAAUUGUGGAGUUUUUUGUGGAAAAUCUGAAAAGAAAAAAAUUUGUCAACAAAAUUUACACGCAGAUUAAACACAAGACAACAGAAAUCUCUAAAACUUUUCUUCUCACUAUCUAUCUAUAGUUCUUCUAUUACUAUUUCUUCUUUAAUAUCCUAAAAAUAUUAACAACAAUUAAAGUGGAGAAGUGCAAUAUUUAAUAAAAAAUUUAUAGAAUAAGUAACGAAACCAAAGAUUUUGGGUGCAUCCCAUAGAAAAGGGAGCAUAAACCCAAAUACCAAACGGAAAGAUCUAAUCCAAAGCAAACACCAAAAAUAAAAUCUAACACACACACAUAAUGAAUGUGACUACAAUAUCGACGGGUAGUCAUGCUACCCAGGCGGCAGUUGAGAGCAUAACCAAUGUGAAACACCAACAACAGACCUAUAAGAUAGAAAUGCUUGAGGACAGUUUGGCAUCCGACGAUGAUGACGAUGAUUUAAUUAGCAGUGAUGGCAGCAUGUUCGAUGAAACGGAAUUGACUCAUAUUGCAGUGCAAGAUGAUUUGGCCAAUCAAUUGGCUGCUGCCGGACCAGUGGGUGUAGCUGCUGCAGCAGCUAUAGCAUCGUCAAAGAAACGCAAGCGACAACAUUCGUUUGAAACGAAUCCCUCGGUGCGCAAAAGGCAACAGAAUAGAUUACUGCGCAAAUUGCGCGGCAUAAUCUAUGAGUUUACCGGACGUGUGGGCAAACAGGCUGUGGUUUUGGUGGCAACACCUGGAAAACCCAAUACCAGCUAUAAAGUUUUUGGUGCCAAACCACUAGAGGAUGUAGUGCGUAAUCUUAAGAAUAUUGUUAUGGAUGAAUUGGAAAAUGCUUUAGCCCAACAAGCACCACCCCCACCACAAGAAGAUCCCUCGUUAUUUGAACUGCCACCUCUUAUAAUUGAUGGUAUACCAACGCCCGUGGAAAAAAUGACACAGGCCCAGUUGAGAGCUUUCAUACCACUGAUGCUCAAGUAUUCAACUGGUAGAGGUAAACCGGGUUGGGGUCGUGAGGCCACCAGACCACCAUGGUGGCCCAAAGAAUUGCCCUGGGCUAAUGUACGCAUGGAUGCCAGAUCUGAAGACGAUAAACAGAAGAUAUCCUGGACUCAUGCUUUACGUAAAAUAGUCAUCAAUUGUUAUAAAUAUCAUGGCCGCGAAGAUCUCUUGCCCACAUUUGCCGACGAAGAGGAAAAAGUAACCCAAAUGAUCUCACACGAAGAGGAAGAGGAGGAAGAAGAGGUGAUUGUACAGCCUGUUAGUAAUCAAGCCACUACUAUACAAACAAUACACACAACAAAUGCACCAACAAAUACUACAACUAAUGUAAGGCAACAAGUAAAUGUGGUUAAAAUUAAUAGUUCAGGAACUGUAAUAACCACAACAAAUCCACAUAAUCCAAAUAAUCCUGGACCCACCAUUAUACAAAGUACGAAUGAUCAACAUAUAACAACAACGGCACGUUUACCAGCGUCGACAAAGAUUGAACUGUGUCCUGCGCCCAUGACACAGAUAACACAGCAACAGCAUCAUCAACAACAGCAGCAGCAUCAGCAACAACAGCAGCAACAACAACAGCAGCAGCAACAACAGCAGCAGCAACAGCAUAAUCUUCAACAACAACAACAGCAACAUAAUCUUCAACAACAGCAACAACAACAGCAGCAGCAACAGCAUCAACAACAACAGCAGCAGCACCACCAGCAACAUCAUAUACAGACCACAAAUGUGACUUCUCAACAGCUGGCCAAUGCCCAAGUUUGCAUAGAACCAAUGAAUUUGGGAGAUGUUGAUUAUACCACUCAAACGGUUUUAUCAACUAUACAAAAUGCUGACGGCACUGUUUCGCUUAUACAAGUUGAUCCUAAUAAUCCUAUUAUUACAUUACCGGAUGGUACCACAGCUCAAGUCCAGGGUGUUGCUACGCUACAUCAAGGAGAAGGUGGUGCCACCAUUCAAACUGUUCAAAGUCUGGGUGAUGUUAAUGGUCAUGAAAAUAUGACGGUCGAUUUAACAGAAGCCACAGUGGCUCAAGAUGGUCAGAUUUAUAUAACGGCCGAGGAUGGUCAAGGUUAUCCAGUGUCCGUUAGUAAUAUGAUUACAUUACCGGUGUCAGCAUCAAUGUAUCAAUCAAUGAUGGCCAAUAUCCAGCAAAUACAUACGAAUAGCGAUGGAACCGUGUGUAUAACACCAAUGCAGGUUGAAAAUGGUGAUCAAUUAGAAGCUAUAACCGUUUCUAAUGGUAUGCAUCAAAUGAUGAUACAAGGUGGUCCGGGACAAGAGCCUCAAGUGUUGCAGGUGGUAAGUCUUAAAGAUGCCACACUCCUCUCCAAAGCCAUGGAAGCCAUAACGAGUGGUAAUGUCAAGGGUGACGAUACCAUUAUAAUGGAACAAUAAAAACAUUUUUCCAAAUGCCAAAUUGUAAAAAAAAAUACAUACUCGUAAUUGCAAACAAUUAAAACUAAUAAAACAUCAUCAUCGGCAGCAGCAGCAGCAACGACAAAAACUUUAUAGAAAAUGAAAAACUGUUAAAGGAUUAACUAGAACAAGGACCCAAAUGUAGUUGUCCU